CCUUCCGCGGGAGUCUAGCGCGCGGCCCUUUCCCUCCCGACAACACAGGUUGAGAGAACAAGCAGCGUUGCUGCUUAGACAUUUUACCGUAAGCUAUUAAAAAUAGUGCAUCGUCAGUGUAAACCCAACAACCGUGGAAUACUGGGCGUCUGUGUGCUUUCCUCUCUCGGCCCUGCUCAUCGUUGGCUACUUUUUGGCACAUCGAUUGAACACUGAAGAAAUAUAAUCCGGUUUGAGUUGUGCGCGGCAAUCUAACUAGCCAGCUAGCGACUACUUCUGUGAAGAGUGGCUGGGACAGAAUGGAGCUGAUAACAAUCCUCGAAAAAACUGUAUCUCCAGAUCGGAAUGAACUGGAGGCGGCACAGAAGUUUCUGGAGCAGGCGGCAAUUGAGAAUUUGCCCACGUUCCUGGUGGAGCUGUCCAAGGUGUUGGCCAAUCCCGGAAACACACAGGUGGCUCGUGUUGCCGCCGGCCUGCAGGUGAAGAACUCGCUGACCUCCAAGGACCCGGACGUGAAGACGCGCUAUCAGCAGCGAUGGCUGGCCAUCGACGCCAAUGCUCGCGGGGAAAUCAAGAACUACGUGCUGCAGACGCUGGGUACAGAGACGUACAGGCCCAGCUCUGCCUCCCAGUGUGUGGCGGGUAUCGCCUGCGCCGAGAUCCCGGUAAACCAGUGGCCCGAGCUGAUCCCACAGCUGGUGGCCAACGUCACCGCCCCCAGCAGCACCGAGCACAUGAAGGAGUCCACUCUGGAGGCCAUCGGAUACAUCUGCCAGGACAUAGAGCCGGAGCAGCUCCAGGAGAGCGCCAAUCAGAUCCUGACGGCCAUCAUCCAGGGCAUGCGGAAGGAGGAGCCCAGCAACAACGUCAAGCUCGCCGCCACCAACGCACUGCUCAACUCGCUGGAGUUUACCAAAGCCAACUUCGAUAAAGAGACGGAGAGACAUUUUAUAAUGCAGGUGGUCUGUGAAGCAACGCAGUGUCCCGACACCAGAGUCCGGGUGGCAGCCUUACAGAACCUGGUCAAAAUCAUGUCGCUGUACUACCAGUAUAUGGAGACGUACAUGGGCCCUGCUCUGUUUGCGAUCACAAUAGAAGCCAUGAAAAGUGACAUUGACGAAGUUGCCUUACAAGGAAUCGAGUUCUGGUCGAACGUGUGUGACGAGGAGAUGGACUUGGCCAUCGAAGCUACAGAGGCAUCGGAGCAGGGCCGCCCUCCAGAGCACACCAGCAAGUUCUACGCCAAAGGAGCCUUGCAGUACCUGGUGCCCAUCCUCACCCAGACCCUCACCAAGCAGGACGAGAAUGACGACGAUGACGAUUGGAACCCGUGCAAGGCGGCGGGUGUGUGCCUGAUGCUGCUGGCCACCUGCUGCGAGGACGACGUGGUGCCUCACGUGCUGCCCUUCAUCAAGGACAACAUCAAGCACCCCGACUGGCGCUACCGAGACGCCUCCGUCAUGGCCUUCGGCUCCAUCCUGGAGGGGCCCGAACUCAACCAGCUCAAGCCCCUCGUCAUCCAGGCCAUGCCGACGCUGAUUGAGCUGAUGAAGGACCCGAGUGUGGUGGUGCGGGACACGACGGCCUGGACGGUGGGCCGCAUCUGCGAGCUGCUGCCGGAGGCCGCCAUCAACGAGAUGUACCUGCCCCUGCUACUGCAGUGCCUGAUCGAGGGGCUCGGGGCCGAGCCACGCGUCGCCUCCAAUGUCUGCUGGGCGUUCUCCAGCCUGGCGGAGGCUGCGUACGAGGCGACGGACGCCGCAGAGGAGCAGGAGGAGCCCGCUACGUACUGCCUCUCCUCCUCCUUCGAGCUCAUCGUACAGAAGCUCCUGGAAACCACAGACAGGCCUGACGGUCACCAGAACAACCUGCGCAGUGCGGCCUACGAGGCCCUGAUGGAGAUCGUGAAGAACAGUGCCAAGGACUGCUACCCCGCCGUGCAGAAGACCACACUCGUCAUCAUGGAGAGGCUACAGCAAGUCCUGCAGAUGGAGUCCCACAUCCAGAGCACUUCGGACAGAAUCCAGUUCAACGACCUUCAGUCACUUCUCUGCGCCACUCUACAGAACGUGUUGCGGAAGGUGCAGCAUCAGGACGCCCUGCAGAUUUCGGAUGUGGUGAUGGCCUCCCUGCUGAGAAUGUUCCAGAGCACGGCGGGGUCGGGAGGGGUGCAGGAGGACGCACUCAUGGCAGUCAGCACGCUCGUAGAGGUGCUGGGCAGUGACUUCUUAAAAUACAUGGAUGCCUUCAAACCUUUCCUGGGGAUUGGACUCAAGAACUACGCUGAGUACCAGGUGUGUCUGGCAGCCGUGGGACUGGUGUGUGACCUGUGCCGAGCCCUCAUGACCAACAUUCUGCCUUACUGUGACGAGAUCAUGCAACUGCUGCUGGAGAACCUGGGGAAUGAGAAUGUGCACCGGUCGGUGAAGCCUCAGAUCCUGUCUGCGUUUGGGGACAUCGCUCUGGCCAUCGGCGGGGAGUUUAAGAAGUACCUGGACAUAGUGCUGGACACCCUGCAACAAGCCUCGCAAGCCCAGGUGGACAAGACGGACUAUGACAUGGUGGAUUAUCUGAAUGAGCUGCGGGAAGGCUGCCUGGAGGCCUACACUGGCAUCAUCCAGGGCCUGAAGGGGGACCAGGAGAAUGUACAUCCUGACGUGAUGCUGGUGCAGCCGCGGGUGGAGUUCAUCUUGUCCUUCAUCCACCACAUCGCAGAGGAUGAGGACCACUCAGACGGGGUGGUGGCCAACGCUGCCGGACUCAUCGGUGAUCUGUGCACGGCGUUUGGUAAGGACGUGAUGAAGCUGGUGGAGCUGAGGCCUCAGAUCAACGACCUGCUGACGGAGGGCCGGCGCUCCAAGACCAGCAAGACAAAGACCCUCGCCACCUGGGCCACCAAGGAACUGCGCAAACUCAAGAGCCAGGCCUGAUUCGAAGCUGUUUGGGGAAGUUGAAGGAAAAAUUCCAAAAUGAUAAAUGAAAAAAACACCCCACUGGAAUUUCUUCUGCCUUUUGCCCACUGGGGCGAGAGCGGGAUGGAAGUGUGUGCCGAGAUGAGUGAGUGUGAGCGAGUGCGAGAGCGAGCGAGCGAAAGAGAGCGCGAGAGAGAGAACGCGUGAGCGAGCGAAAGAGAGCGAGCAAGCGUGUGGAUCGACACCACACCACCUUCUGACUACAAUUCCAGCAGUCGCCGGCUGAAUCGUGGAGCCCCCUCCUUC